AUGGCCCGAGGCGCGCAGCGAGGCCGCGGGGACUCGGGCUGGGGGCUGCGUGGAGCCCUGGCGGCGGUGGCGCUGCUUUCCGCGCUCAAUGCGGUGGGUACAGUGUUUGCGCUGUGCCAAUGGCGCGGGCUGAGCGCAGCGCUACGGGCGCUAGAGGCGGAGCGGGGCCGGGAACAGCGCGAGGACAGCGCCCUACACGCCUUUCUGGCUGAACUGAACCGCGCACCGCGCGGGGCCCCCACGCCUCCGCAGGACUCGGCAAGCGCAGCGCGCAACAAGCGCAGCCACGGCGUGGAGCCAGUGCGGCACAUCCGCGCGGAGAGCCAGGACAUGCUGAUGAUGAUGACCUACUCCAUGGUGCCGGUCCGAGUGAUGGUGGACCUAUGCAACAGCACCCAGGGCAUCUGCCUGACAGGACCACCUGGCCCACCAGGACCUCCUGGAGCAGAUGGCAUAGCAGGACACAAUGGAUCACAUGGACUGCCCGGUCUCCAGGGUCCAAAAGGCGAAAAAGGAACAAAUGGGAAAAGAGGCAAAAUGGGACUACCUGGAGCCACAGGAAUUCCAGGGGAAAAAGGAGAAAAGGGAGACCCUGGUGAACUGGGCGUGACCGGAAACCAGGGCCCACCAGGACAGAAGGGUGAGAAGGGAGACAAAGGGGAUGUGUCCAAUGAUGUGCUCCUCACAGGUGCCAAAGGUGACCAAGGCCCACCUGGACCACAGGGGCCUCCAGGUCCUCCAGGACCACCUGGAAGCAGAAGAGCCAAGGGCCAGCGGCAGCCACCCAUGUCUAACGGCCAGUGCACAGGUGAGACAUGUGCUGUACCAAAUGAUGACACUUUAGUUGGAAAAGCUGAUGAGAAAGUCAGCGAGCACCAUUACCCACAAGCAGGAUCUAUGAUCACUUCCAUUGGAAACGCAACUCAAGUAUUUAAAGUUAAGGAGACAUUUGGGACCUGGAUAAGGGAAGCUGCUAACAAAAGUGACGAACGGAUUUGGGUGAUCAAACACUUUUCAGGCAUCUUGGUGAAGGAAUUCAAAGACUGGCCCUCACUUUUGAAUAACAGUUACAAGUCCAUCCAACUUCCACAUUACUUCCAAGGUUGUGGGCAUGCUGUUUAUAACAACUCUCUCUAUUACCACAAAGCAGGCUACAACACUAUAGUGAGAUUUGAAUUUGGUAAAGAAAUAUACGAAACUCUGAAGAUUGAAAAUGCUUUGUAUUUUGAUAGAAAGUACCUCUUUGCAAACUCCAAGACUUACUUCAAUUUAGCCGUAGAUGAAAAGGGUCUUUGGAUUAUCUAUGCUUCGAGUGUGGAUGGCUCGAGCAUCCUUGUAGCACAGCUGGAUGAAAGGACAUUCUCCGUGAUGCAACACAUCAAUACCACGUACCCCAAAUCCAAGGCUGGCAAUGCAUUCAUUGCCCGGGGGAUCCUCUAUGUCACAGACACCAAAGAUAUGAGUGUCACGUUCGCCUUUGAUUUGUUAGGAGGGAAGCAGAUCAAUGCAAACUUCGACUUAAGAACUUCCCAGUUUGUUCUUGCCAUGUUAUCAUACAGUAUGAGAGACCAGCAUUUAUAUUCUUGGGAAGACGGCCAUUUAAUGCUUUAUCCUGUGCAGUUUUUGUCAGCUACGUUACACCAAUGAUGUGAUGCUGUUCCCCUUCA